UUUUCUUUGCCCUGGGUGCAGGUGACAUCUGCUGGAAAGUGGAAAUAAUAGGUUUUCUACUGAUGUAUCUCAGUCAAUGGGAAUGGGGAACAACUCAUAACUUCCUUUAUGAUCCCAGCAAGUCAGAUUACAUUUCUAAAAGCCAGUAUAUUCACCUUAUUGAUGCUGGCUUGGAGAUAAAUACAGCCUACCCAUUAAUUCUCAAGCCAGAACGCAAGGUGGAUCUCAUUCUAUCUUUUGAUUUCAGUGAAGGUGACCCAUUUCUGACAUUGACUGAAGCUGAAAAAUAUUGUUCUAAAAAUGACAUCCAAUUUCCUGAGAUAAUCAUUAAAAAGGAAGACGAAAAUAUCCCAUCAAAAAGCUUCUACAUAUUUGGGAAAGGUGAAAAGGAUGUACCUGUGGUGAUGCAUUUCCCACUUUUCAACAAAAUUAAUUGUGAAGACAAUGUGCAAGGCUGGAGAGAUAGGUACCAGACCUUUAAACUGUUGUACACGCCAUCGGAUAUAGAAGAUCUAUUAAAAGUCUCAAAACAAAUUGUGACAUUAAGCAAGAAUGAGAUUCUGGAUAACCUUCAGCAGAAAAAGAAAGCUCCAUAAUGUGACACUUUACCUACCCGAACAACUAGAUUUAGCAAGAAGCCACAUCAAGUUCUCAUU